CUACAAUCAACUCUUCACUGCGUCUCUCGCCGUGUUAAUAGACUCAGACACUAGUUGAUGACAAUUUGCUCCUGCUCAUCACACAUAACACAGGACUGAAUCCACGGACAGAGGGGGGUGAUUUGUUGGUCUUGAGCGGAUGGCAUCUGUCGCUUCCGUGGGAACUCUCUCCAAUAGGAAUCAUACAGCAACAAGCUCGGUAUAAAUGCGGACAUGGGUGUUUCUCCAGACAUGCAUUUCCACGCAUUUUUGUUCCUGGUUUUACAGUGAUCGCACCGUGGGCACAACCGACAUGUUUUGCUUUUUCACACCACUCUGAUAACUUUGCGUGCCGAGACAGAAAGACACUUUUGGCUGUGGAUUAUUGCGCACUGAAUUUAGCAGGAAUGGUUCACAGGAGCGUGCCGCGUCCUCCUGCCUUUAGGAAACUACUUCAAGCAGCUGUGGCUUUGACAGUGCUCACCAGUUUCAUGAUUUAUUAAAAAAACACACAAAGGGAGACGAUGAGCAACCACAAGGGCGGCGGGAUGGCAUCGAAGGAAAGGCUGUAUGAACUGUGGAUGUUAUAUUACGCAAAGAAAGAUGUGAGCUAUCUGCAGCAGUGGUUGGAGGCGUUCGUGUCGUCCUUCGAGAGGCUCAUUGAUGUGCAGUCACUGGAGCCUCGGAGGCUGGAGGAGUGCAGCUCAGAGGUGCCCUUGCUCCCAUGGGAGGUUCUGGUGUUCCUCAGCACCCAAAUACGGGACAGUGCGGUGCACCUCUCUGGCGCCGCAGAGCACAACAGCACCACCCCGCACCCCCUACUCCUCCUCAAGUUCUUCAUCAUUGUCUGCAGGAAUAUGGAGAACAUCAACCCAGAGAACACCCCUGGUUUUGUUUUUGAAACCAUCAAGCUUUUGAAUUUCUGUUUGAAUCAGCUAAAGACAGGACAAGGGGAUCAGUCGUCUGUGCAGCUGGUUGUGCAGUAUGGACUUGUGCUGUGUGAGAGUCUGUUUGACCCUUAUCAGACAUGGAGGAGACGCCUGGCAGGGGAGGAGGUGAGCUUGCUGGAGAGGAACAAGUAUAAGUUCUCCCCACUGGCUUUGCCAGAGGAGCUGCCUGCCCUCUUCCAUGAAAGCCUCAAAGAAAGCGAGCAGAUCCCAGAGGCCCUCACGCUCAGAUUGGUUCAUCUCCAGGGUGCUGUCAUCAGUGGAGGAAAGAAGAAUGGCCUUCUCGCCAUCACCCCUCACUCCGUUGAGGACCUGUUCUCUGUCCUGCGAGCGUGGUGCUGCGGGACCUCCCCUGAACCAAAGGGCAUGGCACUCCCACGGCUGACCUUGCAGUGCUUGACUGCGAUGAUCCACCUCCUGCACUCCAGCAGCCCUGUGGAGCGGCAGGUGGAGAUCAGGACAAUAUUAGAGAACUUCUUCCAGCUCCUCAACUGGAAUCGCCCGCUUAGCAGUGAACAACAGGACAGGCAGACCUGGGAAGAGAGUCUGAUCUCCCUCCAGAGCCAAAUGCUAAAUGCUGUUCCUGAGAUCCUGCAGUGCUCCGACAGACCAGUUCUGCAGGCUGUGUUCCUCAACAACAACUGCUUCGAACACAUCCUCAGGCUCAUUCAGAACAGCAAGCUCUUUCAGAGCAAAAGGCGCAGGCCGGAGCGUGAGGUUAUGUGUGACCUCAAUACAUGUUUACUCACAGAGGUCGAGGUUGACCAGGUUUGGGAGAAAGGAACAGACAGUAUUACAGUCCAUGCCUUAGGAGUCCUCACAGCUAUAAUGAGUAACUCACCCUCUGCUAAGGAGGUUUUCAAGGAGAGGAUUGGCUACUCACAGCUGUUUGACGUGCUGAAGAGUCAAGGUCAACCCACCAAAAGGCUGCUGCAGGAGCUGAUGAACAUGGCAGUGGAGGGUGAGCACGCUCACGCCCAUCACCUUGGCAUCAGUAAUGACCAGCCUUUGCUGCUGCUCCUGCAGUGGUUGCCUGACCUGUCGGGUCAGAGGGACCUUCAACUGCUGGUGGCCCAGUGGCUGGCUGCCGUCUGUGGUGGCUCUUUAUCCUGUCGCACCGUGGCAGUAGAGGCUGGCAUGGUCGGGGCUCUGCUGCAGGUGCUCUCACAGCCGCAGAGUCUGGACAGACAGUGCGCAGAUGCCCUUUUGGGCCUCCUUCAGGACCUGGGGUCCCUGUGUUUGAGACCAGAGGAGCUUAAGAACCUGCUCCGACUGCUCAGGGUAGAUCAGGACAAUGGCGCAGUGGUGGGGAAGAUGCACCCCUACUGCACUCGCAUGAUCCGAGUGCUCUCUGCCAUGGCAGCCAGAGAAGGCCAGGACAGUGCCUUGCAGUACUUCGAUCUUACGCCCCCAAUGGCAGGUAUUAUGGUGCCCACAGUCCAACGCUGGCCAGGCAGCGGGUUUGCCUUUCACGCUUGGCUCUGUCUCAACAUGGAGUUCUCCAACAACCGCAAACCUUCGAUCAACUCUGGCACAGGGGCUCAGCAUGACAUGGGAAAAGGACCACGCAGGAAACAGCUCUACAGUUUCUUCACAGCGAGUGGUACUGGGCUGGAAGCCUUCUUCACCAUGGAAGGUGUGCUGGUGGUGGCUGUUUGCACUAAGAAAGACUACAUGGCUGUCGCACUGCCUGAGCACCCACUAGCUGACUCAUGCUGGCAUUCGGUGGCUAUAGUCCACAUUCCGGGCCGUCGUCCAUUUGGUCAGAACCUGGUGACUGUCUACAUCGAUGGAGAGCAGCGGGUAACUGCUCAGCUUCGCUUUCCAUCUUUCAGUGAGCCUUUUACCUCCUGCUGCAUCGGCUCUGCAGGCCACAGGACCACUACCACCACCACCUCUCCCAACUUGCCCUCAACCUCAUACUCCGGCCCAUCAUCACCUGAAUUUGCCUUCCCUACCCAUGCUCCUUCCCUCAUCCGUUCUCAGUCCUUCCCAGCCUCCUUUGCAGGAGGCCGCUGGGGGUCUUUAGGGGACUCUCCUGUGCACACCAUCCCGGCAGGACUGCAGGACACAGAGUGGGGAACACCCACGUCUCUGGAUGGGCUCCUGGGCACUGCCUUCAUCUGUCAUGAGGCUUUGCAGCAGACACAGGCGAGAGCUCUGCAUGCUGCAGGCCCAAAUCACGUGUCCUUAUUCAAAGCGGAUGGAGAGUUAUCUGAUCUCAACAGCAGGCUUCUGCUGUACUACACUCCACAGGCCUUCAAGAGCCAGAUAUGUCUGGACCUGUCGCCCAACCACCAAUAUGAUGGCAGGCUUACAGGGCACAGGGUUGUAAACUGGGACAUCAAGGAUGUUGUGAAUGUGGUGGGAGGUUUAGGGGUCUUGCUGCCCAUGCUCCAGCAGGUGUGUGAGGCCGAGCCAGUUUACAACGGCAGUCAGGAGAUCUCAGACCUGCUGGGACCAGAGCUCACCACCCCCAGAGGCCCUGCUGCCAUGCUGCUGCCACUGAACAAGUCUGCAGAGGGCAGACUAGAGAGAAACAGCAUCGCUGCCUUCCUGCUGAUGGUGAAAAACCUGAUCCGUCAUCACCCUGUCAAUCAGGAGAGCCUGCUGCACUGCCAUGGGCCGAGCAUCAUAGGAGCCAUGCUCAGCAAAGUUCCUGGCAGUAUGAUGGACAUGAACGUUUUAAUGGCAUGUCAGCUGCUGCUGGAGCAGGUCUUCAAAGAGGCCAACAGCCCACUUCUACAGCAACUCUACCAGCACCUGCUCUUUGAUUUCCGCAUAUGGACAAAAAGCCAUUUCGCUGUUUGUCUGGCCCAUGUGCAGUACCUGUCGUCUGUGAUAAACAAAGGCAAGCAGCGAAUGAAGAGGAAGUAUGGGGUCCAAUAUAUUCUGGAUACCAUACGUACAUACUACAGUGUGGAGAAAGAUGGCAAGGCUCUCUCUGAUGAAAAGCAGACGAUUCAAACCUCUCUGUUUGCCAUGCUGAAAGACUUUCUCAAGUCUCCGACACCAGAGGAGCUUCACAGUGUCCUUGCCUAUAUUCUGUCUGCAGGAGAGGAGCAGCAGGUCGUGAGGGCCUUGGAUGUGCUGUAUGAACUCUUGAGGAGCAGCCCUCCUCGUGAGCAUGUGCAGGCUGUGCUACUGGAGUGGGGCGUGGAGCAGCUGUACAGCUUACUGCUCACUCCAAGCUUUGGAGAUGAAGCCAGAGAGAGAGUCUUCAGGGUUUUAUACAAAAUCCUCAAAAGCGAGCGAGUGUCUGAACGUAACAAGCAGCGCAUUAAGCUGAAGGAUUUCGGCUAUCUUGGCCUGGUGUGUUGCCUUGACGACAUUCCAGUAACCAUGACCACUGUGCGAUGUCUGUACGAGCAGGUCCUUGCUACAGAUGCCAGCCCCAACUUCAGAGACCUCCUGGCUGUGGUCUGUCUAUCCCAUCGAGCUGAGCUCACUGUCCGCUUAGACGUCUGUCGCAAGCUCUUUCAUCUGAUCUACUCCAAUGAGGAUUAUGUGAAGCAGCUUGCUAAGCAGCCUGGCUGGCAGGAUGUGCUCACCAAGCUUUACGUGAAAGAGUCCUACGAGUCCCAUGCUGCCAGCAUCGCAGACUCCAACCCUAGCAGCUUUGAAACAAACUACAGACCACCACUGCGCAGGGAUCAGGCUCUGGUCAUAGAGGAAACAAGCAACACAGACAUCUUCCUGAACUACCGCACCUCGCAGGACAUCGAGGAUGAGGAGGAGGACGAAGUUGGUCAGCGGGACAUCUCCGAGGGAUUCUCUGAUUUAUCCCAGUCGCCUCCAAGUGGAGGGCCCCUUAAAAACUUCACGGGUUCUCUCCAUUUUAAGUCGUUUGAUUCAGUGGACCAGGGGAGCCACUCGUCCUCCAUCUCCAAUGCAGUUGAUAUCACCUCAUCUCACCACAACGAGGAUGGGCGAGACUAUCAGCCCCUCUCCCCCUUUGGUACAUCACCCUUUGAUUUGGAGCUAGGGGUUAUGGGGGAGACUGGCUCACACACUCCUGCUGGCAGUUUGACAAACACACCAUCUCCUCUAGAGCACUGCAAACCCUUUCCACCGCUUAGACCCAGGAAGAGCUCUAGUCUGUCCAAUGUGCUGGAUGAUACCAGCUACGGGACAGACCCUCCUACUGGAGAUACAAUCUCCAACACGUCCAACCCACAGCAGACCCCAGAGGAGGAGCUGUGCAACUUGCUAACCAACAUCAUCUUUUCCGUGCUGUGGAGCCGCAGCGGGUUGGACGGGACAGAGGACGCGGUGUGGAGAGAGAGAGGACAAGUCUUUUCUGUUCUCACUAAACUGGGUUCCUCCUGCCAACUGGUCCGCCCUCCUGAUGACAUCAAGCGCAGUCUGUUGGAGAUGAUGUUGGAGUCGUCUUUGUCAGACCUGAGGGACGCCCAGGGAGUGACUCUGCCUUUCUGUCCCAGUCUGGUUCGGCUCCUCAGGCUGCUGCAGGACUUCCUGUUUUCUGAGGGUACAGAUAACCAAAUGCUGUGGAGUGAAAAGAUCUUCGAGGGGGUGGUGAACCUGCUGGACAGGUUGAAAGCCUGGCACAGCACUCCAGGCAGCCCAGGGAACACCGAACUGAAGGAAAUGGCCCAGAUCGGCCUACGUAUCAUCACUGGAUACAUCCAGCAGCAGCACUCACCGGUGUGUGAGAUGGCCUAUCUGAAGCUCCACAGCCUUCUCCAGACUGUGCUUUGCCUGAGCUGGGAAGAGGUGUGCUUCCUGCUGGGGCAGCUGGGUGCCCCCCUGUGGCCAGGAGGUGUAAAGGAUGACACCGACUGUGGACAUGCGGAGGCUUUCCCCCAUCUGGUGCCUGUUGUGCGGACGUUGCUCGAUCAGCAUGCCGACCCAGUGACCCUCCAAAACCUUCUACCCAACCUGCCCGUUACCAACGGCAGCACAACCUUUGCUCAGGACCUGAAGGCUUAUUGUCACACAUUGGAGUGGCAGACUUUUUACCAGCAGCAGGUUCAGUCCACCAUGGAGCAGUAUGAACUGGACACAUUUGGGAGGAGCCAUGACAUCAUGUCCAAUUUCUGGAAUUCCUGCUUCGAUGACCUAAUGAGUACAGCCUUCAAACGGGACAAAGACAGAUCAGACAGCAAGUCCAAGUUUCAGGAAGUGAUCGUGGACCCCUGUCUGAAGAGAGUCAGGAGUGAGAACAACAGGUACCUCAGUUGGCAGAAGCAGAGCUCCAGCCAGCAGGGGGUGGUGUGGCAGCACUGGAAAGCUCUCCGCAGGCUUUUGACCAGUGAGAGAAGAGCAUGGGCCAACAAAGAUCAGCCAGAGGUGAAACUGAAAUUGUCCAGUGCGGAGACAUAUUCCAAGAUGCGUCUCAAACUUGUGCCUAACUACAACUAUGAUCCUCACAGUGAUGCCAGUGCCCAGAGGGACAACAUGGGAGCUGACAGCCCUCGUAGUUCUGAACCCCUCCCAUUGGCUGUUGCUAAAGAAGCAAAAGUAAGCGACAUGGAGGACGAUCAGUUAGGAGAAGAGGAUGUCGUCUUCUUGGAUGACAAGGUGGAGGGAGAAGAUGAGAGCCAGAAAGAGAAACUGGUUCUCUCUGAAGACUGUGAGCUCAUCACAAUCGUGGCAGUUGUUCCAGGCCGUCUGGAGGUUACGACACACCAUCUGUACUUCUAUGAUGGCAGCAGUGAGAAAGAGGAGACAGAGGAGGGAAUUGGGUUUGAUUUCAAGAGACCUCUGUCUCAGCUCAGAGAAGUCCAUCUGAGGCGCUACAACCUGCGACGAUCUGCGCUGGAGCUAUUCUUCAUAGACCAGGCUCAUUACUUCAUCAACUUCAGAAAGAAGGUACGAAACAAAGUGUACUCGAGGAUCCUGGGGCUACGGCCUCCCAACCUGUUUUACUUUGGUUCUCGCUCCCCCCAAGAGCUACUGAAGGCAUCGGGGCUUACACAGAAAUGGGUAUGCAGAGAAAUCUCCAAUUUUGAGUAUUUGAUGCAACUGAACACCAUCGCUGGACGCACUUACAACGACCUGUCACAGUAUCCUGUGUUUCCCUGGAUCUUGUGUGACUAUACCUCUCCCAGUCUGGAUCUGGAGGACCCAUCAGUUUUCAGAGACCUGUCAAAACCCAUAGGUGUAGUCAACCCCCGCCAUGCGCAGAAUGUCAGAGAAAAGUAUGAGAGCUUUGAGGACCCAGCAGGCACCACUGACAAAUUCCACUAUGGCACACACUACUCUAAUGCAGCAGGAGUCAUGCACUACAUGAUCCGCAUGGAGCCAUUCACAACUCUGCAUAUCCAGCUGCAGAGUGGCAGGUUUGACUGUGCAGACAGACAGUUUCACUCAGUGGCAGCAGCCUGGCAGGCUCGCAUGGAGAGUCCGGCUGAUGUCAAAGAGCUCAUCCCAGAGUUCUUCUACUUCCCAGAGUUCCUGCAGAACAUGAACGGCUUCGACCUGGGACAUUUGCAGAUAUCUCAGGACCAGGUGACAGAUGUUCUGUUGCCUCGUUGGGCCACAUCAAGAGAAGACUUCAUCAAGAAGCACAGGAAAGCCCUGGAAUGUGAGCAUGUGUCCAGUCACCUCCAUGAGUGGAUUGACCUGAUCUUUGGUUACAAGCAGCGAGGCGAAGAGGCAGUAAAUGCCCUCAACGUCUUUUACUACUGCACUUAUGAGGGUGCAGUAGAUCUGGAUGCAAUUGCCAAUGAGACUGAGCGCAAGGCCCUAGAAGGCAUCAUCAGCAACUUUGGACAGACUCCCUGUCAGCUCCUUAAGGAACCUCAUCCUCCUCGUAUGUCAGCCGAAAACACAGUGAGGCGGCAGGCCCGCUUAGACACUUUGCCCCCGAAUAUCUUUGAGCAUCUUGAAAAGCUCCGGCCAUUUGUGGAGGUGGUAAGUGAUGGCCUUCCUCUGGUCCAGGCGGUCGUACCAAAGAACCAGAAUCGCUCCUUCAUCAUCCAGGGCUCAGACAUACUGGUGACUGUUAAUUCAAAUGGGUUGAUCGGGACGCACAGCUGGCUGCCAUAUGACAAAAACAUCGCCAACUACUUCACCUUCACUAAGGACCCCACCAUGACUAAUCCCAAAACCCAGCGUUUCUUGACCGGACCUUUCUCUCCCGGGGUGGAGAUCAGCAAUCAAGUGCUGGUGGUGUCCAACGAUGGCCGUCUGCUGUUCAGUGGAGGGCACUGGGACUGCAGUCUCCGUGUCACCCAGCUGGCGAAGGGCAAGCUGGUGGGCAGGAUCUGCCGGCACAUUGAUGUUGUUACCUGUUUGGCUUUGGAUCUCUGCGGCAUCUACCUCAUCUCUGGCUCAAGGGACACAUCCUGUAUAGUGUGGCAGGUUCUACAGCAGGGUGGCUUCUCCAGCGGCCUGUCUCCUCGGCCCGUGCAGGUUCUCUGUGGACAUGACCAGGAGGUCACCUGUGUGGCCAUCAGCACUGAACUGGACAUGGCUGUCUCUGGGUCAAAGGAUGGGACUGUGAUCGUGCACACUGUGCGACGAGGCCAGUUCCUGCGAACACUGCGGCCUCCUGGUGAUAGCUGUGUACCAGCCCAAAUCUCUGAGCUCCAAGUGGGCAUGGAGGGCCACAUUGUGGUACAGACCUCGCUGGAGGAACGCUCCCACAGAAAAGGCAAGUACUCCAUUCAUGUUUACUCAGUAAACUGCUGUCUGCUAGCCUCCUCCACCUUGGAGGAGCAGGUGACCGCUCUCCAUCUGGUGUCUGAAUACGUCAUCCUGGGGACUAUGCAGGGCAGCCUCCACAUACGAGAUUUAUGCAGUCUGGAGGCUCGAGUAACACCCCUGGCCUUGAAGGUUCCUGUGAGGAGCGUGUCUGUGACCAAGGAGUGCAGCCACAUCCUAGUGGGACUAGAGGACGGGAAGUUAAUUGUGGUGGGGGCAGGGAAGCCAGAGGAGGUUCGCUCAGGACAGUUCCCCCGUCGCCUCUGGGGCUCCACACGCCGCAUCUCUCAGGUGUCAUCAGGUGAAACUGAAUAUAAUCCAACCGAGAAUGCAGGCAAAUGAGAUGAGCAAUGGUGCUGUCUGAGAUACCUGCACCACCAAGACGCUCGCCAGACUCAACAAGGCCUUCCUUCUUUUACAUGCUGGGAAAACUACUGUCCUCAGCCACUGAUCUCUCUGAGAGAGCAACUAUACACUGAGCACUUUUUUUUUUUAUUCGUAAAUGAUAUUUUAUUGCGUAUUUUCAUUUACAGUUGUGUACUGUUUUUAAUCAGCAUCAUUCCAAAGAGUGGCCUUGUUUUGUUGGAUGGAGAAGAGCUCGGUAUUUGAGGUUUUUAACUGCUGUCGAGUUGUAUAUUCAGUGAGUCAUAUUUCAGGGAUGUGACUCAUGUUGAUGAUGCACAUACAGCCUCAGACACAGAGAAGUAAUGCUGUGAACUCCCCAGAGUCCAUGUUCUUGGCUUCUUUCUUGUCAGAGGAACCGCUGUGAUCCCUGUGCUGUUGAAUGUCCCAAAGCCAUUGUCUGGCAAUGGCACCUUCAUGAAACUCCUGGAAACUUGAAAACUACUGUAGAUGUUGCUCGAGAUUUCCAUAUUGCAAUACUGGUAAAUACCACAAGAGGGUUGACAUUGUAAGGAAAGACACAGGGGGUCACUAGUGAACCACUGCUGAGUUGUGAUCUUUAGCGGUCGACAUCAGGAUGUUCCUUGCACCAGACGUGCACCACAAUACCACAGUGUAUAAAUCUGCAUUCUUUUAGGCUCUAAGCAAUUAAAACUGUUACAGUUAAAGCAAUAACUGCUUUAAUGGUCAAGUAUGUGAAAUACUUCACUUUUUUUUAUCAUGACCGUGGAGCUUGAAUGCAAUGAAACUCAAGAGGAGAGCCUUCUGUUGCCUUACACACACUGGAGUAAAGGCCUUUACAAAUGUGUCUGUACUAGUUUUGCUAUUACUCUGUCCAUCACAUGAUUUAUAUUCCUGUUUUUAUUUGAUCUGAAAAGUGCCUUUUUUUUUUUAAGCUUGUGUCUUGAGCCAUGUAAUAACACUGAAUUCAAAUCAUAUAUGUCUUUAUGUGAGAUUUUAUCCCUGCUGAUCAGAUUUAAACACGCCUUACUACUCUAAAAUGACUCGGAUGUGGGUAAGAUGUUGUUAAUGAACUCAGUAAAAUGUUGGCUGGAUGCACAUACUUGCCUCUACUGGUAUUAUACUGUUUAUGAAGCUCUUAAAACAUCUGAUGACUGUGAAACACGUGAGUAGAAAGUCUGUGAGUGAGCUUCAGAGGAAUUCACUUCCUGCCAGCUUUUUUUUUUUUUUUUACUGUGGUUGGAACAAAGUAGGUGUUAUGCAGUGUCAUGAUGGGAGAGAGACAAAGGGAACUUUUAGGGAGAAUGCAAUACCCAUAACAUGGCGCACACAUACAAAUUACCUAGUCUCUGUAAGUAGUGCUCAAAAAAACCUCAAGAGUAAGCAAGUACAAAAAAAUAUAUAUUUGAAAUGUUGUUUACUUAUCAUCUCAUCUGCUUUCUGUCCUGAAAUUACACACAACACAUUCACGCCUGUCUUAAAUCACAUUUUAAUCAUUUUAAUUAUAUAACAAGAUGAUACGCUGUCUUAUAAAUUGUGCACAACUGAGACGUUCUUUGAAUAGAUUGUCUGCAUGAGCAGCUGGUCAAGCACACAUCUCACAAUCUAGUUGCUAUUGUGUACGCUGUUGUCAGUUCAUGUAACACCGCUCUGUUCUGUCUAAGUGUGAUUGAUAUAUUUCGCCUAAAUAAUUAUGCAGUAACGCUCAGAGCCUUUAGUUUAAUCAAAAUUGAGGUUUUCCUUUCAGAACUUGGUCUUUACAAUCACAGUCCUCUGUCAGAGAGUAGGUUUAAGUCAUGCUGUAAAUAUGUAUUGAUAUUAUUUGUGAUUUUAAAGUGACACAAAAAGCCUUAAAGUGGAGGUCAGCACUGCCUUGAAUUUGGACUUGUGAUCCAAUUUUCUUUAACCACUAUUAUUUAGCCUUUGUAUUGUUCUUGGAGGAUGUUGAAAAUACACUUUACUUUUUAAAAAUCAAGCAGCCUCUGCUUCUUGUAACUUAAGCAUGAUAACGGUCUGUGCAUCUGUCUGUUUCUGUCUGAUGUCUUAAUACUGUCUCUUGAAAUUGUCGUAAUAUGCCCAAUAAUUGUGGCCGCACGCUUAUAUUCAGGAAUCCUCUUUUCUGUGAACUACAGCCCAUAUCCUGAGGAUGAUUGCCCAUUACUGAAAAGUGAGCUCUGAUUCUUGUGUGUGAACCACAGCAGGAAGGAAACUGAUCCCUUGCCGCAAUGUUAGAUCAUCCAGCUCCUCUACUGUAAUCCCAGCCUUGCAUGCGUCUGUGAUGUUAACCCUAUUAGAGUUGAAAAGGUCACAGUGAACAACGUCACAUUUACUUGAAGAGGAGACUUUGAUCUCCUGGUGGGCCGAACAUCCUGUCAGCCUCCCCAUAAACACCUCCGGGGGUACAAUUCAGAGGGGUGGGGAGGGGUGAGGCGGGUGAUAAAACCAACCUGUAGACCCCCAGUCAAAUACAAACCACAGAAUAGUGAAUACGGGAAGUGGAGAAGGAGGGUGAAGAGGGAUGUAGUCACUCUGAUGUGGCCCCAUUGACAAUGGUGGGAGGGGUUGACACCUCGCUCUCGGUUAUUGGCAGUAUCUCUCUGACCUCUCCAGACCUGAGGGCAGGCUGAGGGGAUGGAUGUCGUGAAAUGGUGCAAUUUCAGUGUUGUCCAAGUUGUUCCUGCCAAGAACAGCAACAACCCUUAAACAGGCCUCCGUCAACGACCUCAGCCCUCGCCCUCUCCCCCUCUGGUUCAUUUCUCUUUGGCCUGUGGACAAAAUCAUGUUUUUUUUAUAGCCCCCUUAUCGUUCCCAACUUUGUAUGACCGCGGCAGAACUCAGCCCUGAGAUAAAGAGUCUGUGCCCCUAGAGCAAGACAAGUAGAUAAGAAGAAUAAAGAAGUGAUGCCGAC